GUCAUCGCGUUCGGCGCACGGUCAGUCUUGUCAUUCGUACUCUCCGGUUUUGGACGCGGCGCGCGUGCACAACGUUUUCUCGCGCGCGUACCGAUAGUAAACGCGAUCCCGUCAUCGUAUCGAUCGCGAGUUCGGAUCGAUUCAUCCCGCGGACGUUCGCCGAUCGCACAACGUUCAACCGUAACGGUAACGAUUAAUAUGGUUGCAGCCAGUUCGGACAGGCGACCGAUAAACAUUUGCAGCUCAUGAUCGCGGUCUCGCCGUACGUGUUUUGAACGUGCACAACACAUCGUCAUCCGUCGCACAUGCGUCAAUAUUCCACCAUGAAGUUGUUGCCAUGGUUGUUAACAUUUGGAUUCAUCAUCGUGUCUGACGCCGAACAUGAUAUUAAUAAACGAGAGUCGUCCGAUCAGAAGAAAGUGGUGUGUUACUACACGAAUUGGAGUGUGUACAGACCGGGCACGGCCAAAUUUUCGCCGCAAAACAUUAACCCGUACUUGUGCACGCAUCUGAUAUACGCGUUCGGCGGUCUUGACAAGGAGAACGGCCUGCGCCCUUACGACAAGUACCAAGACAUCGAACAAGGCGGCUAUGCGAAAUUCAACGGGCUGAAAACAUAUAACAAAAAUCUCAAAACGCUGUUGGCGAUCGGAGGAUGGAACGAAGGUUCCGCGAGGUUCUCGAAAUUGGUCGAUGAUGAGAGUAAAAGGAAAGAGUUCGUCAAAAACGUUAUUAAAUUUCUCAGGCAGAACAAUUUUGACGGGCUCGACUUGGAUUGGGAAUACCCCGCCUACAGGGACGGAAGUAAGCCCAGCGAUAAAGAGAACUAUGCAUCUUUAGUAAAGGAACUACGAGAAGAGUUCAAUAGAGAAUCAUCAAAAACCGGCCGAUCCAGAUUACUACUCACAAUGGCUGUACCAGCGGGUAUUGAAUACAUCGAUAAAGGAUAUGAUAUUCCUGAACUAAACAAGCAUUUGGACUUUAUGAACUUACUGACGUACGAUUAUCACUCGUCAUACGAGCCGGCCGUCAAUCACCAUUCUCCGCUGUAUCCCUUGGAAGAAGAUUCAGAAUAUAACUUUGACGCUAAACUUAAUAUUGAUCACACCAUAAAGCAUUAUAUUGCUUCUGGAGCUGAUAAAAAUAAAUUGAUCCUCGGUAUUCCAACUUAUGGUAGAUCAUAUACGCUUUUUAACAAAGAAAGUACGGACAUAGGUGCUCCGUCAGAUGGUCCUGGCGAAAAAGGUGAAGCCACCAGAGAAAAAGGAUACUUGGCCUACUACGAGAUUUGUGGGAAUUUGAAAAAAGAUGAUACGUGGACCAUUGAACAACCAAAACCAAAAGCAAUGGGACCCUACGCGUUCAAAGAUAAUCAAUGGGUUGGGUACGACGACGAAGAGUUUGUCAAAUUAAAGGCCAACUAUGUGAAUGAAAACGAUUUGGGCGGUAUAAUGUUUUGGUCAAUUGACAAUGAUGAUUUUAGAGGAAGCUGUCAUAGUAGAGCAUAUCCUCUUAUUGAAGCAGGAAAAGAAGCCCUUCUAGGAGAUUCUAAAAUUGAAUCAAGCCAAGGAAAAGAAACAAAAACUUCGUUGAAAUCUCGACCAAAACCAAGGCCAGUAACAAGAACUACUACAUCUGUACCAAUUGAAAAAUCUGCUGCUUCUACAACUACGCCAGAACCACCAACUACACCCGAUACAGGAACAGAUUUUACCUGCAAAGACGAAGGAUUCUUCCCACAUCCGCGUGAAUGUAAAAAGUAUUUCUGGUGUUUGGAUAGUGGCCCGUCAAAUUUAGGAAUUGUAGCUCAUCAGUUUACAUGCCCUUCUGGAUUAGUUUUCAAUAAAAUUUCGGACUCUUGCGAUUACAGCCGAAAUGUUGUCUGUAAAGAUAAAAAAACUUCUGACGUAACAACUACAACUACAACUACUCCCAAGCCGAUCAAAACUGGAAUAAAAACUACUACAACUACAUCGACCACCACUACAACAACUCAAACUCCAGAUGUAGAAGAAGAUGCAGAAGAUGAAUUUGAAGAAGAAGAAGAUCCAAAAGAAAUUAAACAGUUGAUUACCUUGAUUAAAAAAUUAGGUGGUGUGGCUGAGUUGGAAAAACAACUUAACAUUAAAGACGGAUCAACUGAAGUAACAACUCCACCUAUAAGCAAAUCUCUAUACAACAAAGUUUUAAAAAUACCUUCAAACAGAUUUCAAUCUUCAUACAUAAAUGGACCAGGUCCCCAAAGUGAAGGGUUAGAUAACAAAGAUGAUAAUAACAAUUAUAAAAAAGAUAAACCUCAAUAUGUUACAAUAAGACGACAAAGGCCAUCGAAAGACGUAACCGAAGAUAAUAAAGAAUCCGAAGAAGAGGAAACUUCUGUUGAUACGGCCACUGAAAAGUUCAAACCGACUUAUAAAACAGUUGAUAGAUCUAGGUACCGGGAUUUAGGAGAAGUGGCAGAUGAAAAUUCUGAAAGUGAUUCAUCGCCCAAAUACACUACAAUUAGUCGAACAAGAUCAACAGAAAGUGAUACUGAAGUAACAACAAGUCCGAAAUAUGUUACUUUACGAAGACAACGACCAACUUAUAAGGAAGAUGAAAUAAUUAGUGAUGAAGAAAUCACUCCGGUGUCCGUAGUAUCUACAUCACCUACUUUACAGGCACCAAGGUAUGUUUCGUUGUUGAGACAAAGAAGUACGACAACUACUACAACACCCGAGGAUAGAUCAAUCGAAACAACAACAAAGGAUAAUUUUGAAGAGCCAAGAGAGAAUAAAUACACUAAGGUGAGUGAUGGGGCUUUUACAACCGAGUCUAGCAUAUUUACCACCACUUUGUUCAAUAUCGAACCAUUAACUGAAAUAAUUACAACUACCAUAAACGUUCCCACACUUGAUGUUGCAAAGAGCAGUGAAACGAUCAAAAUGUCAACACCUGUCACUGAAAAUAUUAGCGACGUUAAAAGUACUGCAACGGUCCCAACAUCGGUUUAUAAAGAUAUAAAUGAUAUUAUUAGUACUACAAGAGCUCCAACGUCGACUAUAACUAAUGUGAUUACAUCCAUAUAUGAAGCUGCUACAGAAAGGCAACGAGUUCGGGUGAAAAACAUACAAAAUUUUCUACUAGAGCAUAAGAAAUCCGAACUGGUUAUCCAAUCAGUUACAAGUACCGCAGCAACUCCAUCGACGACAACACUUUCGUCUACAACAAUAGAAAAUGUGAUCACGACACAGAAACCCACUCAAAAAUCAAUAAUCAAAGGUCGAUUUGGUGCAGGCAAUCAAGUGCAAUUUAGACCAAGUUUAAGAAAACCUAUUGUAACUACAGAUAAAACCGUAACGACAACUGGAAAUUCGAUUGAAACGACUACGGAAAAAAAAGUGGAACCGAACACCGGGAAAAGAUUCCGUUUGAACAAGUACGUUAAUAGAUUCAUCAGACCUGUAGUUAAUGAUAGCACGGAAAGCACGAGUACUACCGAUAGAAGAUACAUCAAACCAAAUACUGAAAAUUUAUUAGAAACAAGCUCAAAACCGUUUAAUAGAGUUAGAACAACUACUAAUAGCGAUAUAAAUAGCAGUUCACCGUUGACGAGAAGGAGUUUUUCAAGGUUUAGAUCGAGCACGACAGAGUCACCAACACCGACACCAGUCAUCAGUCAGACAGUAUCGUCGAACAGCACAGAUAUACAAAAGUCGCGAUUUUUUAGAAGUCGCAGACCAAUAGCUUCUAGCUCAACCUCAACAAGUACAACGGAAAUGACCACAAUAAGGGAACUAUUGAACUCAGAAGAAAAUGCAGAUAACGUUCGUUUUGAAACGACAACGUACCCUCCUACCACAGUUAAUUUUCCGAGUACAGAUUACGAAGAAAUGGCAACAAGUAACGAGGAAUUUAAAAUCACAAAAGUUGACAGUUUUGAGCCAACCAAGUACAUUGCAAGCGAAACGACGACCAUCCAGCCAAUUACUACUAGUACAUAUGCUAAGCCCUCUAGAGGAUCAAUACGAGCAAGUAACGCAUUCGAAGGAAAAGUUAAAGAUACGUCACGCUCUCCGUUUUCGGGUAGACAGAAUUCAAGAUUUUUAAAAGACGAACAAAAAAUAUUGUACAUUCGAGUGUUGCCCUCGCCAAACGGUAGAUCUCAAAAUGAGUUUACUACAAAUCGUGUGAAAAAUGUGACUAGAAAUCGGGGAAGAAUUAGAGCAUUUGAUUCCCUAGAACUUAAUACUCUGAACGACGGGUUGACAAAUGACGGUGACCGACCAAAUAACGAAGUUUUCAGUGGGAGCGAAACAAAGUUCAGGGUACAACAGUCUACCUCCACCACAACCACCACCACCAGCACCACCCAGUCGACGGUAGAAGAGAUUCAGCAAAAUAGAACUCGUCAUAGGAUUACAAGACCCAUCCAACGAACGACCACAAAUGUUGUAACGACCGAGGACUCAUCACCAAUUUCAUCAACAGAAUCAUACUCGAUAAAAGCUAACAAUCGGAGAAGGAAAUUUAGACCCGAAUACACCACUACUUCAACUUCAAGUUACGAGGAAGAACUGCAGACAACUCCGAGAAGUCGAAAUCCGGAACGAAGAUUUAGAAGUCGCACAACGGUAUCGAGAAACUCAAUCACUACCAGUACGACCCCAGAAACUUUAGAGGCAAACGAUAAGACAUUUUUCAGUUCGUCACCACAGCCGUAUUAUGACGAUUCAAGUCUUUUUGGAAAAACUAGGGAUGACAGGAAAAUUGGUGGAUCAACGGAAGAUUUAGCCAAUACAGCUGUAGUUGCCAUACAUACACUUGCAGCAGCACCGCCAUCGAACUAUGAAUUCAGGCCAUCUACGCACAGCCCGCUGCAGCAGCAGAACGUUUUCCAUGAGCCGACGCCAAAACACGAUUAUUUCGAGCCCCGAGUGCCACACUCGAAAGAUUCAUUCGAAGACGUACAACCGGUCAGACGGCCAACACAACUGCAGCCCGCGAGACACCUUCAACAACAACCGCAGCUCCAGCCUCAAACUCAACCACCGUCCAUCAAGCUGCCGGUGUCGUUCGAACCGGCACCGUUCCAGCCGUCUCCGUUCCAGGCAGGUCCGUUCCAGCCGCUCCCGUACCCUGCGCUGCCGUUUCAGACCAACAACGCGUUCGCGCCCGUCGUCCGCCAGCAGUCGCUUUUGACCACCGCAGCACCGCCGGCCACGUCCCGGCAAACGUUCCUGCUACGCAGGGGCCCGUCCAGGACUACGCCCAUAUCCGUUUCACCCACCACCGUUCGGUCACCGGCACCGCCGCCGCCGUACUUGAACGACAACGCGCAGGAACAGUACGCGGACUACUCGGAACCCGAACGGACGUCCGAAUCUCAAGUGGCCCUCAAGGGCAAGGUGCGCAUCCACGGUGACGGUUACAUCGAAUGUCUGGACAUGGGUAGUUUCCCGCAUCCGUUCUCGUGCCAGAAGUUCAUAUCGUGCGCUAAAACGGAAUAUGGCGCGUUGUUCGGAUGGGAGUAUACGUGCCCGAAGGGAUUGUCGUUCGACCCGGUCGGCGGCAUUUGCAACUGGUCGUCCGGACCCGUGUGCAACAAUUGACGGUCACGCGAAUGAUAAAAACACAAAA